UAAAUAGAUCGUAUUGUAAUCUUUUCUCAGUCCAACGUGGUUUCUCCUCCGAGGCUGCUUCACAUUUUCUACACUUGUUUGGUGAGUUGAAACCAUCGCAGGCAGCCGAACAUGCAGAGGACCAUGCAUGCGCCUCUGCAGUUUUAUGAGAAGUCGGCCAGAGUGAUGAACUCAGACCAGGAAAGGCCAUUCAUGUGCAAUGCUCCUGGCUGUUCUCAGCGUUUCCCCACGGAGGACCAUUUGAUGAUACACCGACAUAAACAUGAGAUGACCCUUAAGUUCCCCUCCAUAAAGAACGACAACAUGUUAUCAGACCAGACGCCGACACCGACGCGUUUCUUGAAGAACUGUGAGGAGGUGGGAUUGUUCAGUGAACUGGACUGCUCCAUCGAGCAGGAGUUUUGCAAGGCCCAGGAAGAAGAGGACAGCAAACAGAGCAUCUCACUGCAUGGCCAGGGAGGCCAAGGCCAGCACCAGCAGUCCCACUCACGGAUGGGCAACCAUGACACCAGCAUAGUGAUCCAGCAGGCCCUGCCCUCCCCUCAGUCCAGCUCCGUCAUCACUCAGGCUCCAUCCACGAAUAGACAGAUCGGGCCUGUUCCCGGGUCUCUGUCCUCACUGCUGCAUCUACGAAACCGACAGAGACAGCCUCUGCCUGCCUCCAUGCCUGGAACGCUGCCAGACCCAACCAUGCCUGGCUCCUCCGCUGUGCUGAUGCCUAUGGAGAGACAAAUGUCCAUGGGCUCCAAUAUGAUGGGCAUGCAAGGACCCGCCCACAGCAACUCCUGCUCUUCCACUCACAUUCCCUCCAUGCACUCAGAAGCCAAACUGAGGCUGAAGGCUGCACUUUCACACCACCCCGGUGCCAUCGCCAACGGCAACAUGAACUCCAUGGGCCACAUGAUGGACAUGAUGUCAUCGCGGCAGGAGCAAAAUGCCCACCAUCACAUGCACUCGCACCCGCACCAGCACCUGCAAGCUCCUCCCCACGCGUACCAGCACCACGGCCACCACCACCACAACCAGGGCCACGGCCAGGGCCAGGGCGGACACCACCACCCGCAGGGACACAACCCGCAUCACAACUCCCACAAUCCCCACCUCCAUCCCGGUCACCCACACCAGACCUCACCGCACCCAUCAAUGCACUCUGCUUCACAGAUGUCACCUGCGACCCAGCAGAUGCAGCCCUCGCAGACGCUGCAGUCUCCACCCCCCAGCGGCGGGCGGCGCAGGCGGGUAGUGGACGAGGACCCGGACGAGCGUCGGCGGAAAUUUCUAGAGCGGAACAGAGCAGCGGCAACGAGAUGCAGACAGAAGAGAAAAGUGUGGGUGAUUUCGUUGGAGAAGAAAGCUGAAGAGCUCACUCAGACCAACAUGCAGCUUCAGAAUGAAGUGACCAUGCUAAAGAGCGAGGUGACCCAACUCAAGCAGCUUCUCCUCACACACAAGGACUGUCCCAUCACCACUAUGCAGAAAGAGUCCCAAGGUUACCUCAGUCCAGAGAGCAGUCCAGCGGGGAGUCCAGCGCCAGUGUGCUCGCAGCAGCAGGUCAUUCAGCACAACACCAUCACCACCUCCACCACGACUGUAGGGGGCAGCAAUGUGCACGGGCAAGCCAACCACCGCACAGACAUUAACCCUAUUCACUAGGGACCAGAGAGACUAUAACCCCCCCCACCCCGACCGGCUGUAGCCCCAAACUCCCCCCUUUUGCUCCCCUGUUUUAUGAGGGUCACCAGCUGCACAUGCUGCCCCCCCACACCCUCAUCCUCCCUCCAUCAAGAAAAACCUCAAAGGCCUGUGAGGCUGUUCUUUAUACAGUAGCUACAGUAUGUAUUUUUAUAGACCAACCCUAUUAACGCAUAAAUGUUCUAUGUUCUGUUGCCUCUUUUUUAAUCUGCUUCUUUGUGCUUAGCAGAAAGGGAGUCUUGCUAAUCUCAUGCAGCAGUCAAGUGACUUUUUCCCCCCAUCAUGUUAUGGUACAAAAUGGACCAUGGUGGUCGUGGAACCAGAGGAAAGAGACAUAAGACAUCAUCUCUAGAAGCGUCUCUGCUGGUCUAAUGGACCGAAUCAUGAGUCUAAUCAUUCUCUAUGUGUCAAGCGUGGACAGUGUGGCGAGUGUAUGUAGCAUGUGUAAUCAUACUGAAGACUCAGAACAAGCGAGCGGGCGGUUGCCGCCUUUAAGUCGUCUCCUGAAACCAAGUCAAACCGUCGCCAUGAUGGCUUGAAUACAGGAAUAUGCAAGCAGGUGUAACGACCCCGUUUUCCUUUUCUAGAAAUGUAUAUGACUGUUAAACUUCUCCCUGUCAGAUGUAGUCUCAAAGAGCGCAAUGAAAUACAGCAUGACAGUGAAAGUAAUGUUCGAUCAAAUAGAAGCAAUACAUCGGAGUAUUGAUCAUCUUCUCUACUGUGUGUCCACGUGGGGACCAGCAUGGCCAAGCCACCCUGGUCCCCGAGGACAUGCGGUGCUGUUACAGCCACAGAACUGUACACUGUGAUACCAGUGAGGCAGCUCAGGAGUCGAAACACACUCCUCCGCUCUCCAGGACCAACUCAAGCUUUAAUUAUUGAGGCCUCUUGUGUGUGUGUGUGCGUGUGUGUGUGUGCGUGCAUCUGGAUCCACAGUUUUUGAUUCAAAUUCCAAAUGGAUACAACAUUUGAUUGCGUACGUCUGCAUAGUUUUGUGUGUGCAUGUGAAUUUUGUUUUGUAUGCGCUUGUGUUUUGCCUUCUUCCUCUGCCGAACAAAGUUCAGCAGGCGCGCGUGUAAAGAAAGAGAAACAAAAAAGAGUGAGAACGUGACUAUGACCAUUUAUUUUCCUUUCUUUAUGCCGGUGAUUUCCAAAAUGUCACAAUGUGCCUGAAGUUUUCUUCAAAUCUUUUGUUUGGCAACAGAACCUUUUUUUUUUUAUCAUCACUUAUUGUCAAUACAAUCAAGAAUUCAUCAUCUAUUUACCCUGUCAUUGCGUCUGCUGCUUGUUGCUGCAGAGCAAAACCAGCUGACCAAGAGGAAAAAUAACCCGUUCCAUUUGACCUCUGACCUCUUCAUCAAUUUCUCUUGCUCCUCCUGCUCCUCCUCUCUCUCUCAGGCCUCGUCUGUAUUUCAGUUUGGCGUUGGAUGUACUGACAAUGAUACCGGCCCAACCUUCUUUUCUAUCUCCCUGCUCGCCUUGAAACUUAAUGCCUUCUCAUGUCGACCACAACCCCUUCUCUCUUCUUUCUUCUUCCCCGUUACCAGGAAUGUCGAUUCACGAGCAUGAUGACCACCAUGCACUGUGUUUUACAGUCGGAUGGAUGAAAAACAUCAUCGUAGAGCUGUCUAUGCACUUUGUCCUCUGUUGUGCCAGAGGCUAGAAUAGCCAUAUUAAGGUCCGAGUAAUUCUCAGUGAUCCCCCCCCCACCCCCCGACUCUGUUCACACACCAGCGAGAAACGUAACUGUGUUUGGAGAGACUGUGCCUGGCGUGCAUCACACGUCUGUAGAUAAAAAGAAGGGGAACCUAGAGCUUGCGUUGUAGGAUGACGCCCGGUCAAGGACCCUGCAGUGUUCAGCUUGAGCCAUUUUUACUCUGGAAAAUAAAUCCAGCUCCAGUUUUGUCAAAGAUGAAGGAUGUGAAUGGAGAAGAAUCUUUUUCUCUCGUCUCACUCAAGCAUUCAGACUGUUUAUAACCCGUCUGUGUGUGCAGGAGUGUGUGUCUGUGUGUGUGUGUGUGUGUGUGUGUGUGUGAAUAGGCAGAGAAAUUCUCAAGGAAAGGGCUUUGUUGUGCCGACCCUUUGAAUUGACUACGCUUGCCUUAUCUCCACUGUUUUAUAGACCAUGUUUUGAUUAUUAGACCAUUCCAAAUUAACCUCUUGCAUGUGAAAAUAUGGCAAUGACCAUACAACUCUUUCAACUGGAAUCAUCAGGAGGACAUUUCUGUCUCUGCUUUCAUUUUUCACAGUGGAUCCAGGUCCGGGAAAAGACAUUUGUUACUGUACGGGCAGACAAACAGGACAGGUGGAAGUGCAGUGUGAGUGCGGGUUUGUGCGAGCGGUGGAGAACAAUUUACCACAUGUCAAUUAUCUUAUAACUGUAUUAUUUUAAAUCUCUAUAAAUACUGUACAUACUGUCAUUAAUUUCUGUAAUCCUGUACAUGUAAUGCAACCACCUUUCUUUUUGAAGGGAGUAAACGUGUGGUACAUGUGUAAAUACGGUCUGCAUAGCACUUGUUGCCUUUUUUUUGUCGUAUGUCGAGGCUCAUUUCAACGCUUAAAUAAAUUGUUUAUAUGUAAUGAAAUGACAAAUCCAUUCUUACCUGCAUAACUUUGUACAUUUUUUUUUUGUGUGUGUCUGUAAUGACAUUGUCUCCGUUUUUUUUGUUUUGUUUUGCAUUUGUACAGAUGUGAAAGUUAUCACUGCAGUUACAUUACGGUAUGAAAAUAAAGCACUUGUUCGGUAACAUACAAACUCGCUGAUGUGAUUUGAUGUCAGCAGUCGCUCCCUGUGUCGAGAACCGGGCUGAAAGAAAAAGAAUGGGCUGAGAGACGCGAGGGAUGGAAGUGAUGUUCGAAUUGAAUGGUCAGCAGCUUUUUUUUUAAAUCGAUGCUCGUCCUCGAGACAUAACUGCUCAUUAAAUACUUAAAUGCUUUAAAGGUUUAGAAUACUCAUUAAUUAUUGAGCCGUCUAGACAGCUUGAUAGUUGCCUGAUGAGAUAACAUGACAGUUAACUUCAGAACACAAACGUCUUUGUGGCGUUCUGUCAAAACGCCAAAUCCCUACAGACCCUGCUGCUUAUCACUGUAGAUUCAGCUUUACAGAUUAACACAAUGUGAAACACACAGUGUGUAUUAAAAAGUUUUCCAUGUUCUCUUGCCACAUGCAAAGUUGCCCCUAGACUUUCUUCAAAUAUUUAAAAUCAUGUUAUUUUGUUUUUAGGACACAUGCUA